AAAGGCCACUGCCAUCGCCAGACCUGCUCCUUCGCUCAUGGAAGCACCGAGCUCCGCCGCUCCUUCAAUGGCCCAUGUUGUGUAAAAAUAACAUCAUACCUGAGGACUUUGAGCGGUCAUUCAGUCUAAUCAUCCAAUUCUAUCUCUCUUUUGGAGUUGCCUUUUAAUUGCGGAUAAUAUUCCGCGUUAUGAACUUCGAGUUGGUGAAAAAGGUGUCACUGUGCAUGGAAGAAUUAGUGGGUAUCUGCAAGCUUGGAUUUGAUCUUGCUCAUUUGCUUGACUUGGAGAUAUGGUUGAGUUUCAAAUUAAAAUGUAUCUCAUGUGACACUGAUCCCUUCAGCCUGGUACCAACUGGCAGAUUUAGCUAUGAUUGUUCCGGAUGGAUAAUUACUCUUGCUUUGUCUAUGUGCUGGUUUUGGUGUUUUUUCUCGGCAUUCAUUCUUUUGCAUCUUGUUACAGCAGAUGAAGCUUCAGAAUUAGGUUUCUCUUGACAUGAUCUUAUCCAUGUCCUUAGUCAUUCGCUAUUUCGAUGGACCACUCAAAUGCUUUAUCCUAAUAUAUGCCUCAGUGUGUUUGUUGUUCGAGAAUAUGGUAUUUCAUUCUCUUGACUUCCUUCAACUUAAGACAGCGAUGGAUCUGUUGGAUGGGAAUGUUGUCCAAGGAGGCAAUAUAUUGCUUGUGGGCUUUUAGGUUUUUCAUUUGUAGUCCCAUAAGACGAUUUCUGGGCCACGGUGGUAUUAUUACUCCUUACAGCAAAGGAUGUCUACUGUUCUUUAUCAGUUGCUGCUGUGGUUUUGUAUGGUUUUCUUCUAUGUGGAAUUGAGCUCAAGGACUGGUAUAUAUUUCUUCAAUGGUUCUCUCUAUGGAUAAAUAUCUCAAAUAUUGGUAUUUCAUUACUCUAUGUAUGAGACCGGUAAUUUCUGUGGCUCGUUUGGAACUUCCAAGAUGGCACUAUUACUGUUCAUUAUUUUAUUACUCAUAAUGUUCCAUGUGAUGGUAGGCGAGACAAUCGUGUUAGUGACUUGAGAGAUAGGCUUGAUAGAAGGCGUUCGCCACCCCACAGAUACUCCCCUGGUAGAGAUGCACAAGGGAAGCAUGCUUCCCAUGGAGAUAGUCCUCGAGGACGGGAGGGAAUGAGGAAACGAAGAAAGAAACAACACAUAGAUGGCGAAAGUGAAUUUUCUGGAAGUUUGAGAUUGUUUGAGGGAACUGAAGAUAAAAUGAAAGAGCCAAGACGGGCAUCUUUUGAACCCAAAGAUCUUCUUGAUGAGCAGCUAAGGAAAGCUCAAUCUGAGUUUAAGAUUCUGGAGGACCACAGAAGAGAACUGGAGAUUUACCUGGAAGAGAGGAAUCUGGAAGCAAACAGGAUAACUUCAAAAAUCCAAGAGCUUGAAAUGCAACUGAGCCAGGAAAAAGAGGAAUCUGAAAGGGUGGCCUCAAAGAUUAAGAAGUUCAUCAAAGCAUAUAAUCGGCAGAUGCGUCUAGAAGAUGAACUCAAAAGGUCACAGACUCAAGUUCAGAAGCUUUGUGAACAGCUUUCGUUGGAUUUGUCUCGAUCUGGUGCCAUGGAGGAGGAUCCUGGCAUCAAGAAUAGGAGUUAUGAAGGGAGUGGGAAUGAUGUAAGCCCAAAAGUUGAGCUACAAAAGAACAUAUCUCCAAGUAAUAAAAGGCCACGAGUUCAUUCAGAAGUGGAUGAUAUGUCAAAUCAAGUGAUCUCAAGAAAAGAUCAAGGAUUGGUUAUGGGGAAAGUCAGAUUGGAGAAGAUGUCUAGAUGGAAUCCUCAGUCCAAAAAUUAUAAGAAAGCUGAGAUAAGUAGCACGGGAAAGAAUGCAUCAAGGCCCUUAGCAGAUGAAUACAAGUCCAAAAAGGCCAAAACUUCUUCAGCUGAUAUUUCUGUAUUUGAUAAGUCAAAGGUUUCUGAAUCAGGUCUUGCUUUGCCCUCUACCAGCAUGGCUGCCCAUGCAAUCGAUGACGUUGCUGAUAUUGUUGAAACAGAGGAGAAGUUUGAGGGAACUGGAAACUUGAUAACAGAUGAAAAGGAAGCUGCAUUUAAAAUUCCACCAUCGCCUUUACCACCUCCGCCACCUCCUCCUAUUCCUCAAAAUGCUCAUGUACAGUACCAGGGGGAUGAUGAGAACGUAGAUAUAGACGGUACUGAGGAGGAAACAGUAGAAGUGGAUGUUGUCUGAGUUUUUACCUUUUUUAGCCCUUAUAUAUCAUGUACCAGGGUAUCAACCAUGUCGUAGCUGUUUUACCCAGACAUUGGGCAUUUGCUAUCUAAUCUGUAAAGGCUGUAGGAAUUUAUUGAAACGUCUGAUUAGCUUUCCAUGUGAUCUUUCUGGGAUUUAUUCAGUAUACGGAGUAAACACUAGCGAAAGCUAUGCAAAUUUUUGACUAGUCAA